AUGGAGUCUAUCUUUACUCUUUUGCAUGUGGUAAUGGCCAUCAUUAAUUUUUACAGUACAAACGGGACUUUCUGUAACCUGCAAGGAGAAGCGGUAUACCCAACAAUUUCUAAGGAUGGUGAUAUUAUAGUUGGAGCAAUUCUCCCAAUCCACCAGACUUGGAAAAUCACAGACGUAUCCUACACAGACAAGCCUUCAGCCCUGGAUUGCAUGAACAUUGAUUUUAGAGACAUGCAGUUAUCACAGUCCUUGAUUUUUGCAACAGAAGAGAUCAACAACAGCUCUUCUUUACUCCCGGGUGUUUCACUGGGCUACAAGAUUUAUGACACAUGCAGUUCCACCACUAUGGGAGUGAGAGUGGCUAUGGCACUUAUUAAUGGAAAUGAGAACUCAGCCUUGAAUGAGCAAUGUACAAAGCCAGCACAAGUGCUAGCCAUAAUUGGUGAGACCCAGUCAUCAGUGUCAAUGACAAUUGCAAAGAGUGUCGGACCUUUCAGCAUUCCCUUAAUUAGUCCAUAUUCCACCUGUGAAUGUCUCAGUGACAAAAGGACAUACCCCUCAUUUUUGCGCACUAUUCCCAGUGAUUAUUACCAGAGCAGAGCACUGGCAGAGAUGGUCAAGCAUUUUGGCUGGACAUGGGUGGGCGCAUUAAGAAGAGAUGAUGACUAUGGUAACAGUGGGAUGGCUGCAUUUACUGAAGCUGCAGAACAGCUGGGUAUUUGCUUAGAAUAUUCCAUGUCAUAUUUUAGAACUUACUCACAAGAAAAAGUGCUGAGAAUAAUCCAGCAGAUCAAAAGCUCUACUUCUCGAGUGAUUGUGGCAUUUGUCACUCAUUUAGACUUUGAGAUUUUGCUGGAUGUAUUUUAUGAGCACAACAUUACUGGAUACCAGUGGGUUGGAACUGAAUCUUGGAUCUCUGAUUCUACUGUAGCCAGACUGGAUAAGCACAAAAUACUGCAAGGAGCCAUCGGGCUAGCAAUACCCAAUACAACAGUGACGGGUCUGAAGGAAUUCAUUCUGGAUAUAAAUCCACUGAAAUCCACAGGCAGUACCAUUUUUACUGAAUUCUGGGAAGCUUUGUUUAAGUGCAAAUAUACAGUGCAGAAUGACUCCGAAGACACAACAGUGUGUACAGGAAAGGAGAAACUGUCUGAAACUGACAAUGAAUACACAGACAUGACCCUGAUGCCUUUUUUCUGUAAUGUGUAUAAGGGUGUGUAUGCUGUUGCCCAUACCCUACAUGACCUACUUGGCUGCAAGCAGACAUGUCCUACAAAGAAGCAGCCUGACCCUCUCACUUUUCUAGAACAUCUGAAAAGGGUGCGCUUCAAAACAAAAGAUGGUGAAGAGGUUUAUUUUGAUAAAAAUGGUGACCCUGUGGCGAAAUAUGAAAUAAUAAAUUUGCAAACUGUUGAAGAUCACCAUGAGUUUGUCAUGGUUGGAAUUUACGACUCUUCUUUCCCUGCUCACAAUCGAUUAUCAGUGAAAAUGGCCUCUGUUGUGUGGGCACAAAAUAAAGAUCAGGUGCCGGUGUCUGUGUGCAGUGAGAGCUGCCCUCCAGGCACCAGGAAGGCUGUGCAGAAAGGAAAGCCUAUCUGCUGCUUUGACUGUAUACCAUGUGCUGAAGGAGAGAUCAGCAAUAUGACAGACUCCAUUAAAUGUGAACAAUGCUACCAAGACUUCUGGUCAAAUCCACACAGAAAUGAAUGUGUAAAGAAGGAAAUUGAAUUCUUGUCAUAUGACGAAACUAUGGGAAUUUUGCUAACGGCUGUUUCUAUCACUGGAACAUUUAUAACAAUAAUAAUAGCAAUUAUAUUCUUCAGAUACAAAAAUACACCAAUAGUCAAAGCGAACAACUCAGAGCUGAGUUUCUUAUUACUCUUCUCACUGGCUCUGUGUUUCCUUUGUUCACUUACUUUCAUUGGUCGGCCCUCUGAGUGGUCCUGUGUAUUACGUCACACAGUGUUUGGGAUCACCUUCGUCCUCUGCAUCUCCUGUGUUCUGGGGAAAACAAUAGUGGUGUUAAUGGCCUUCAGAGCUACACUUCCAGGCAGUAAUGUUAUGAAAUGGUUUGGGCCUCCACAGCAGAGACUCAGUGUUCUUGCUUUCACUUUCAUACAGGUCUUUAUUUGUGUACUUUGGUUAACAACAUCCCCUCCUUUCCCCUUCAAAAAUCUAAACUACUACAAGGAAAAGAUCAUUCUAGAAUGUCAGUUAGGUUCUGCAGUAGGUUUCUGGGCUGUGCUGGGUUAUAUUGGACUUUUGGCUCUACUGUGUUUUGUUUUAGCUUUUCUGGCUCGGAAGCUGCCUGAUAAGUUUAAUGAAGCCAAGUUCAUCACAUUCAGCAUGCUCAUAUUCUGUGCAGUUUGGAUCACUUUCAUCCCAGCUUAUGUCAGCUCUCCUGGAAAGUUCACUGUAGCUGUGGAGAUAUUUGCCAUUUUGGCUUCAAGCUUUGGUUUGUUAUCCUGCAUUUUUCUUCCAAAGUUUUACAUAAUCAUAAUGAAACCAGAAAAGAACACUAAAAAGCAACUUAUGAGUAAAGUGCCAGUUAAGUGA